AUGGACACGAGUCGUGUCCAUCAAGCUUGCCAGGUCACCAAGGUGUGGGGCAGGACCGGUUCCCAGGGACAGUGCACGCAGGUACGCGUGGAACUCAUGGAUGACACGAGCCGCUCCAUCAUCCGCGAUGUGAAAGGCCCGGUGCGGGAAGGUGAUGUGCUCACCCUGCUGGAGUCGGAGCGGGAGGCUGCGCUGAGCUGA